AUGGACUCACAUCCUGAUGCUUCUAUUAUCCAUCAACCGAUUCUCUUCUCGGAUCAUGCGGCUAUUAUUUUGCGAGAAUCAGUUAAUACUCGGAGAAGCCCUUACAAGAUUGAGAACUGGUGUUUGGGUCUUUUUGAGGUUUCGCAGAUUAUAGGGUUUGAUUGGAAAAAGUUUCAUUCUGGUUCGUUCAUGUACUCGAUCUCCAGGAAAUUGGAUGAGGGUCUCAACACCUUCAAGAUGCAAAAGAUAGGUCAGACCUUCUUGUGUUUACGCGAUGAAAAGAUCUCCCGAGCUCAGACGACUUUCCUGUUUUGGAAACAACGAUGUAAGGUUCGUUGGGAUGCUUUUGUGGAAUCUCAUUCUAGUCUUUUAAUUCGAUCGGUGCAGGCCCAUCGUCGAAGAGACAAGAUUAUGAGUUUAAAAGAUGAGAAUGGUGUUUGGGCUUCUGACCAAGCAGGGAUUUCGUCUCUACUGGAAAAACACUUUGCCACGUUAUAUAAUUGCCAUGGCUCUUCUGCGCCUCCUACUUCUUGUCAGUGGGAUGAUUUGGAGAUUCCUACUCUUUCAGAGUUGGAUUAUCAGUUUCUCAUGACUCCUUUUUCAGCUUUAGAAAUUAAGGAUGCUAUGUUCCAUAUUGGGAGUGAUAUAUCUCCUAGGGGCCUGAUGGAGUGGAACCGUACCUUUUUUGUUUUACUUCCAAAGUUAGACCAUCCUGAGACUGCUUCUCGGUUCCGUCCUAUAGGUUUAUGUAAUGUGUUAUAUAAAUGCAUUGCAAAGUGUCUUACUAAUCGGCUCCGACGGGUUUUACCUUCCUUAAUUUCUGAUACUCAGAAUGCUUUUGUUCCGGCUCGUUUAAUGGCGGAUAAUGGUCUUCUGGCUCAUGAACUGCUUUCAUAUAUGUCUUCCUCGUCUUCUAAGGUCUGUUCAGCAUCUUUGAAGCUUGACAUGAAUAAGGUUUAUGAUAGGGUCAAUUGGGAUUUUCUUUGGGAUGUGCUCCGUAGGUUUGGAUUUCCGCCAUAUUGGAUGAUGCACUACUUUUUUUUCUGUGUUUCACCGGCAGCUUGUGAUCAUAUUCUUGAUGUGAUUAAUGAGUUUUGUUCUAUUUCUGGUCAGAUGGUUAAUCUACAAAAGUCCUUUUUUAGAUUUAGUUCUAAUACUCCUGAUGACUUCCGGGACUAUCUCUCGAAAAAUCUUAAAAUGACUUCUCGCUCUUCCAUAGGGGAGUGCUUGUGGCUUCCUGUUGACAUAGACCGGAGCAAAUGCAGGAGAUUUCAGUUUAUGAUCGAUAAGUUGAUGCGGCAUCUUUCAGUCUUUUCUUCUCUUCGGCUUUCGGCUACUGCGAAAUUGGUGGUUAUAACUUCUGUUCUGAUAGCUUCUUUCAAUCAUGUGCUUUCUAUGUUCAAGGUGCCUGCUACGAGGUCUGGGAAAGAUUCUAGGGGUUUGGCUAUGGCUCCUGCAGCUGUUGUUUACCUCCCAAAGGGUUUGGAAGGUUUGGGUGUUCGUCAUCUCCGGUCUUUUAAUGUGGCUCUGUUUGCUAAACAAUCUUGGCGUUUAAGGCAUAAUCCUCUAACUCUUAGCUUCUCGGGUCCUUAG